CCCAGAGAGGGCAGCCACAUCUGGAAGAUGCACAUGGUGAAGGGUGAUGAGGGCCUGGGCAUACAGAUCACAGGGGGGCGUGGCUCCAAGCGCUCUCCUCAUGGCAUCAUUAUAGCCCACGUGGAGAAGGCGGGUGCCAUUCACAGGGAUGGUCGUCUUCAUGCUGGUGAUGAGUUGCUGAUGAUAAAUGGUCAGUCUCUGGUGGGUCUCACUCAUCAGGAGGCUGUUUCUAUCCUCCGCUCCACUACUGGUCUGGUCCAGCUGGUGGUGGCCAGCAGG